AAGAGCUCUUCACUCCUAGUACCCUUCAGAUGUACCUAGUCCCUUAGCAAUGCCCCCACUCGCCCCACUCUCUCUUCUCCUCCUCCUCCUCUCUCUCCUCUUCCCCACCGCCAAGACCGCCACCACCAAGAUCCCUGCAACUCAAACUCCAAACACCCUAAACCUCACAAUCGUCAACAACUGCGCCUUCACUAUUUGGCCGUCCAUUGAACCCAACCAAGGCAGCUCCCAAAUCAUCACAGGCAACCAACAAACAUUUUAUCUCAAAACCCUCCAGAUCGAAUCCUUCGCCAUGCCCGCUGCCCCCUGGUCUGGCCGUGUGUAUGCCCGCACGGGCUGCAACCCCGCCCCCACCGCCUGUGCCACCGGCAACAAGCCACCCUUCACCAUCGCCCAGUUCUCUAUCAACCCCACCAACCCCAACACCAAUUCCGCCUAUUCGGUGAGCCUGGUGGACGGAUUUAACCUCCCUAUGACGGUGACUCCUCACGGCGGGGCAGGCAACUGCCCUGUGGUGGGAUGCAGGCACGAUUUGUUGAAGACAUGCCCUGCCCAGCUGGUGGUCAGAGGCGAUGGCAGCCGCGUGGUGGCCUGCAAGAGUGCAUGCGAGGCUUUCCAGAAUGAUGAGUACUGUUGCAGGGGAGCCUUUGCAGGGCAGGGGAAAUGCAAGCCUUCAUCUUAUUCGGAGGGGUUCAAGAGCGUUUGCCCUGAUACCUAUACUUUCCCUGCCGAUAACCCUUUUGCCAAGGAUGAAUGCAAGGCCCCCAUUGAGCUCAAGGUCAUCUUUUGUCACUAAAUUCAUGGAUGCCUACUACUUCAGCUGCUGUUUCUCUCUCUACUAGAGUGACUACUGCUAGAACUGAAGUCUCUCUUUCUCUCUCUUAAAACUCUCUCUUUUCUGCUAUUUCCUAAGGCAUGUAAUUGUGGUGUCUUUAGUUUUUUGUUUCAUUUGUCCUUUGUUUUUGUUGCAUUAUUAGUGUUAACCGUGCCAACCAGGACACCUUGAGAAACGGGUUAUGAAUUUGGAAUGUUUUGCUUUGCCUU